AUGCCUAUGCCCCCGGUUGGACCGCCCGUGCAGGGCCUUUCGCAUUUGCUGCCCCAUCAGCUUGUGCACGCGAUUGGCGAGAUUGGCGCCGAUGGCAAGUCUGCGCUUCACGACGAGGUCGAUGUCGUGUCGCCUCGAGACAUUGCCGCCAUGCGAUACAUGCGUCACUACGAGUGGAUGGAGCUUGUGACUGGAGCCACGAGUGUGGGCGCCAAGGGUCUCAAGCUCACUGCUCCUCGAGGUAUCCCCGUUUACGACAUCAAGAAGAAGCUGGAAGAGACACAGAAGGAGGUUGAGGAGCUCAAGAGUGAGCGACCCAUGGACGUUGAUGAUGAGAAGAGCGAGUUCUACAAGAACGAAAUUCUGCGGCUACGAGAGUCCUUUGGCGACGAAUCCGACACCGACACUGUCCAGCGACUACACGAGAAGUUCAACCUGACUGUACACGAGUCUGGCAAGCUGCGGCCUGUCAAGGUGGACCUGUCUGUGCCGUCCAAGCGACGAAGCGACGUGGACGCCGCACGUAUCCAGCGAGCCGAGCAGCUCAUUCAGGAGCGACUGGGGCCCCAGAUCCAGCAGCAGCAGCAGCAGCAACAACAACUCCAGCAGGGCCAACAGCAGGGCCAGCAGGGUCAGCAACAGGGCCAGAACAUGGAUCAGCAGCAGCAGUACCCCAUGGACGGCCAGCAGCAGCAGCAGCAGCAGCAGCAGCAGCAGCAGCAGGGCCAUAGACCACAGGGUCAGAUGCAGCAGGGACAAAUGCAGCAUGGACAGAUGCAGCCGGGCCAGAUGCAGGGCAUGGGCCAGGAUAUGGGCAUGCAAAUGCCUCUCAUGGACGACAUGCUGCUCAACGACAUGGAUAUCCCCGACCACGUCAUGGAGCAGCAAAUGGCUGACCAGCUGGGAGGCGAAAUGAUGGGCGACGGUCUGGAUAUGGACAUGGAUGUUGACUUGGAUUUGAACUACGAGUAG